CCGAAUAUUUUACUCUUCCGUCGCCCCAUCAACUGCCCUGUAGAAUAUUUUCACCUCUCCUAGAAAAUGAAUCUUGAAGUGGAAAACCUCGACGAAAAUCAGCUCAAGUCCAAGAUAUUUGAAUACAUCAAGGCGCUGGAGGAAAAAACUCAAGAAAACCAUGCAUUGAAAAUGAAAUUGGGGCAAAGUGACAAACUUUGCAUUGAUUUGAAAGAAGAUAACGAGACCUGCACAAAGGAAAUCGCGGAUAAAGAAGGCGAAAUAAAAGCGUUGAGAGAAAAAUUGAAGAAUGCAAGCAAACCAGUUGACUCAUCUGAUAAGGAUGAUCAAAUUGAAGCCCUUCAGGAGAAACUUGAAGCACUCCAGUUGCAGCUGAGAAACAAUGCCAAAGAACUGGAACUUGCUACAGCAGCAAAUCAAGACGAAACUUUGAACAGUGAUUUGUCCUUGGCUAAGCAUGACUUGUCCAAUUUUGAGCUUGUGCAUCAAGAAAGCUGUUCCAGAUAUGAGGAAACAAUUAAAGGACUGAAUCAAGAGCUAAAUGAGAAAACCAGAUCCUUGUGCCAUUUAGAAUCUACUGUUGAAAACCUGAAAAUUGAGCUGCAGACGCUGCGAGAGAAAUUUGAGGAAAAAGAGGAAGAGGCCAUCUUUUUGCAAAAUGAGCUCAUGCUAUAUAAGCAGCCAGUUGCUGAAGUGGAACCAGAGGCAAACAAAGAAAGAGGCAACUCUCUGUUUUCGGAGGUGGAAGAUAACCGUGUGAAAGCACUUGCUGCCCUGAAAAACACCAAACGCGGUGCGGAGCAGGCUUACAGAGACCUUGCAGUCGCCAAGAGCGAGAUCCAAGCCUUGAAGGUUCAAAAUUUCUCUUUACACCGCAAGUGGGAUGACUUGGUAUUUGGCAACACCAUGUUGGAUCAGUCUGAAGAAAAACUGGUUGGCAAAUUGAAGGAAAAAGUCAAGUGUUUGACUGAGAAACUCGCAAAGUGUGAAAUGGAUGCCUUGAAAUCAAUUGGAGACCGCAUCCCAAAAUCCUUGGAAAAUCACCAGUGGGUCAAAUUAUUGAUGGAAGACCAGAAGAAAAGGGAAAAUGAGCUCGAGUCGAAAAUACGCUCAAUGGAAAUGUCUAACUUGCUGGCUGAGGAAGCUGUGAUUCGAGCCAAGAGGAAGUUAAACAUGAAAGUGGCUGAAAUCACUGCACUCGAGGCUCAAUUGGGAAAGGCCAAGCUUGAUCUGGAGAAUUGCAAGGAAAAAGAAGAGGGCGCGGCUAUUCCAUUACCUUCAGCCCCUGCCCUAAACAAUCUUGCAGCUCCAGUUGCUAGUAUUGAUAUUUGUCAAAUGACGCCAGUAAGAGCGAAUGCAUUAAACAGGCUACUUGGCUCGAUCAUAGCCAAGAAUGAAAGCAUGAAAUUAUCUGAAGAUACUAAGGAAGAGGAAGCACAGAACGACAAACCCAAACCAUUGAUGAAACCUGCGUCAAAGUUCAUCGUAAAACCAACCAAGAUGAUUACCUCCAAAAAGAAUUGAGAGGUGCUCACGCUGACCCACAUUCCUUCUCAAACUGUUUUUUUGCAGUUCAGACCUUGCUGGUCUUAAUUUUGAGUACUGCUUUUAUUUCGCAAGAAGUGAGGAAAUUCCCUCAGGUUUGAGCUGAUCUUCGUCAAUUACUAUUUGAAAUGAAUAAUAAACCAAUACUUUGUCAGGA